UCAUUAAUUUUUCAGCAUUGCUGCUGAAACAAACCAUCAUGUCGCCAUCCUGCUGCUGACCGGCAGGUUUCAGACACUUGACUCUAACGAGGAACACUUCCAUUAUGCUGAGGAUCUGAUUUCUAAUCCGCUGUUCGCUGAACGUUCAAGCUGCAGCUAACGCUAACUAGCCUGCUGGCUAAGUUAGCCGCUGUAUUAGCACGCUAACUUGAAGUGAUGGAGGGAAUUCUCUACAAAUGGACAAAUUAUAUGACGGGCUGGCAGCCGCGCUGGUUCGUCUUAGAGAACGGCGUCAUCUCGUACUACGACAGCGAGGACGAUGUUGGGAAAGGCAGCAAAGGAUCCAUCAAGAUGUCCGUGUGCGACAUUAAAGUCCAUCCGACGGAUCUGACACGCCUGGAGCUGAUCAUUCCUGGCGAGCAGCAUUUUUACGUGCGGGCUGUGAACGCGGCGGAGAGACAGCGGUGGCUGGUGGCUUUAGGGUCGUCCAAAGCUGGAACACUGGACAAACACAGAGCUCCUGAGUGUCUGAAGACAAAAAUGUCUGAACUGCGUCUCUACUGUGACCUCCUGACCCAGCAGGUCCAGACCAUCCAAUCACAGCACAGCACCGACACACAGACCACGCCCACCUCUGAGGCCUCCCUCCUCAGCGCCACGUGCGCAACCUUCAUCAGGACUCUGGAGGAGUGUAUGACCCUGGCCAACCACAGCUUGACCCCUGACCUCCGACCUCCAGAGAGGAUGAAAAGGUCAAUUAGUCAUCCUGGAACAUACACUUACGACAGGUCAGGAGUUCAUAAGGAGUAUGUGUGUGGAGGUCAGAGGUCAUCUUACCGGCGGAACAGGACGUGCUCUGACAGCUCUGUUUAUGACGCAGAACGUGUGUUGCUGAGUCUCAAUGGCGGCGACUCCACCAUUCCUGAGGAGAGGGCGGGCAGUACCAGCCCCAAGACCACGCCCACUGACACAGACACCGACCUCUCGAUCUGAAGUCCGUCCAUACGACCCCACAUUGGGAGAGGCUCGCUGUCAAAGUGACAUUGAGACGCUGACUUCCUGUGAGGACCGUCACUGCGUUUUCACCCUGAAGUCAGCCGAUCACCAAACACGUGCACUUUGGAAGUGUUUUUGCGGCAGAGAGGAGAUGCAGCCGGUUUCUCCGUCCCACCACGAGGCCGCGUCUUCUCCACACGCUGCUCGUAUUCUAAGUAUUCAUGAAGGAGAAGCGUGGGCACAGUCGAAUGUCUGCUUCUGAUGUUUUAUUAAACCUCCUAUGUUCAAAGUGUGUGCAUGUGCAGCCUGUGUGCAUGUGUCACCUCAAUGUCAAAAUUCAAAACAUUUUGGAAUCGUUGCUGCAGAGACGAAUGUCUGCAAGCUGCAGUUCAGCCACUGAACUGUUACACCUCCAAAUUAAACAGUCUGGUUUCGAUUUUAUGAGAAGUGCGCACGUGUAACAUGUACCUUCCUGGAGGCGGGGCAUGUUUGUGAGGUAAAAUAUACUGUAUCAAGCAAACAAAGGAUUAAAAGAAAACCCUGGAUUCUGAAAAUUGCUGCAGAUUUUAAUCUUAUAGAAGUGUAAUGAGGGGAAAAAAGUGCCUCAUCUCAAAAUUAAUGAGUUUAUCAUCUUGUGAAUUCAGUGAAAUGAGGCACUUUUUUCAUAAAAACUUCAGAAAACAGUUUUCUACAUUUAUUUUGUCCCCCCCCCCACCCCGAGUUAAUCAAAUAAUUGAUUCAGUCCAGAAAAAAAGUUUUGUUUUUUUUCCCAGCAAAUGAUUGACUCAGAAGGGACCAAUCUGAGAUUAAUUGUAUUAUUAAGAGAAACAUUUGUAAUAGGUCUCAGUAAGUAAUAUUUCCCAAUUUGUGAAGCAGAAUAUUUCUGUUUUCUGACAUUGAAUUAUCAGUUUCUUCCACAAAAAAAGAAAACUUUUCUUUAAGGAUGAUUCUAAUUGGUUUUUGUUUUUGCACUUUACAGAGUUUAACAUCCUUGAAUGUGAUUUUUAAAAUGAUUUACUGGUAAACAUUUUGUAGGUGAAAACUGUGAAAAGUGAAGUUGUCUUUCUUUUUCUUCCCCUUUAAUAUAUACUUGUUGUUUAUUUUGGAGCUGCCUUUUGUGGAACGUUUCACUUUAAGACGUUUUAAAAGAAUAAGUUUCCUUGACCAAAGUUUCUGUGUAGUAUUUGAUAUUUUUGAUGGAUCAGAGUGAAUUUAAAGUAUUCAGAUUUAAAUGAUUAGUGAUUAGCACUGUUGCCUCACAGCAAGAAGGUCAUGGGAUCGAUUCCCACCUGUGGCCUUUCUGUAUGGAGUUUGCAUGUUCCCUCCGGGUGCUCCAGGUUCCUCCCACAUCCAAAGACA